UCACGCCGUGUCCAGCCAUGGAUGCGUAGAAUGCCACCUGGAGAAUCCUUCCCCAAAUUUUAUCCUGCCAAGGUUCUCUCUCUCUCUCUCUCUCUCUCUCUCUCUCUCUCUCUCUCUCUCUCUCUCUCUCUCUCUCUCGCUCGCUCGCUCGCUCUGUUUGGUCUGUCUGCGGCUAUGGGGGUGCACCAUGUCAUAGGCUACCGAGGACUCUCACACCGGGGUUGAUACCGUGGUGAUUUUCUCACGCUGUGCUUCUCCGCCAUGGAGUUCACCUCUUCUUCUGUAUUUGACCAGCACAAAGACUGUGUUGAGGAGGUCGACCUCAAUGUGGUGUUCCAUGCAGCAGCCACGGGGGACGUCAACACGUUGACUGCCACGAUCCGUGAGGACCCGUCCAUCCUGGAGUGCUGCGACCGUGAAGGCUCCACGCCCCUGAUGCACGCCGUCUCUGGCAGACAGGUGGAUACAGUGAAGCUACUGCUGAAGAUGGGAGCAUCCAUCAACACCCAGGAUGCGUGUGGCAGGACCUCCCUCUCCCUCGCUACAUAUUUGGGCUGGCUGGAAGGCUGUGUUUGUUUACUGCGAAAUGGGGCAAAACAGAACAUCCCUGAUAAAAACGGCCGAUUGCCACUUCAUGCUGCUACUGCUGAGGUUGACCUCAGACUCAUGGCUGUGUUACUGCAACAAUCAACUCUGUGUGAAAUAAAUCAUCAAGACAAUGAGGGAAUGACAGCUCUUCACUGGGCAUCCUUCCAUAACCGCCCGGAGCACGUGCAGGCCCUGCUGCAGAAAGGGGCAGACCCCACGCUGGUAGAUAAAGACUUUAAGACUGCGCUUCACUGGGCUGUGCAGAGUGGUAGCAGAUUUAUGUGCUCACUAAUUCUUGACCAUCAUCUUGGCUGCUCUGUCAUCAACUAUGAUGAUGAAAAUGGCAAGACCUGCGUCCACAUUGCAGCAGCAGCAGGCUUCAGUGACAUCAUCUACGAACUGGCACGUGUGCCAGAGACCAACCUGCAGGCCCUAGAUGUGGACGAGCGGACCCCUCUGCACUGGGCUGCUGCAGCAGGGAAGGAGGAAUGUGUGCAAGCUCUGCUACAGCUGGGUGUUGAGCCUGGUCCAAGAGACAUCAAUGAGAACACACCCCUCACGUACGCCAUGUAUUGCGGUCACACUGAGUGUAUCAAACUCCUUUCGGCUGAGACCAGGUCUGAGGCAGCUCGACAGGUACACUUUCAGAGCAGUGAUCCCUCCAUGAGAAAGGAGGGCAAAUUCCGUGUGCUGAACCACAUCUUUUCCUGUAAAAAGAAAAAAGAUGUGCAUGCCAUACGACAGAGGGACCUGGGCCAGGAGCAGCAUCUGCAAGAGGAGACCUCCGAAGUGGACGACAUCAUCACUGUGUUUGACUGCAUUGUUGAUCUCCCAAGCAAGGAAGAUGGCCGAAAGCACCCUAAUGAAUCUGAGAAGCUGUAUCUAUUAGAGGACACCACCACCAAGGACUGCAAGAGCCUGCCACCCAUACGUACACAGAGUCUUCCACCUAUCACUCUGGGAAACUCUUUGUCAGCCAACUCACACACUGCAGCACAUGGGACUGUCUCAGGGCAGGGGGUCAGUCAUUUGGUCCGUAGGUCGCAGAAGAGCAAGAGCGAGCAUGACCUGUUUGAUGGCAGUGUGCACGGUCAACAAACUGCUGGACCUGCCUGGAAGACAGAGUCUAGCCAACUGCUAACACACAAGGCUUGGAUCUCACCUCCAUCUACACUGUUGCAAGAAACAGCAAGUCCCAUAGAUGUGCUUUGCUCUAACCAUGUGCCCUACAUUCAGAGAAAUGAUCAAGCUGCAAAUACUCACCUUGUGCCACUAAGGAUAAGAGAAUCUGUCCUGACACGUCACAGUUUGGCUCCCAUUCAUGAUCACUGCACUCAUAGAUUCUCCUUGCCACCUGACCAAGUGUCUCAAGGAGUGAAGAAGUCCAAAUCCCUCCCACUCAGCUCUCUGGGACGUAAUCUGGCAGGACUCCCACCUCCUUUAACCUCCAAGAUUUAUAGGUCCAGCUUCCCUCAGAGCCAGUCGCUAUGUUCCUUUCCCACUCCUCUGACCACUGAGCCCCUGCGCAACAUACAAGUUCUUCCUGCCAUCCCUCCUCAGAGAAAACGAAGCCCCUCACCCCCAAAACUCCAGAAUGUUCACAGCUCAGAGUAACCCCGACAAAAGAACUUAAUAGAUCUUCAGUUUACUAGUGACCUCUCAUAAGCCACAUUGUGACUGGCUCCACUCCGUAAACUUGAAAAUAUUCUUUAGGUUUAAUUAGACUAUUUUAAAGCAAAAAACUAUUGAUCUUCAGAGUUGCCAGUACAUUUUCUUGGCAAUGAGAGAAGGAGAAGGUCCAUUUUAAUUAAUUGUUAUAGAUAAUAUGUUUGAUAAAAUAUAUGAACUUAUUAGCCUAUUUUUCAUACAUUUUUGCACAAUAAUUGAAUUUUUCUCUAUGGCAUGCACUGUGUACUAAAUGGUUUUCUGCUUUACCUUGUAAUUUGAACACAAUUUGAGUAUGUAAUGUGAAUGUUUUAAUGAUGAAAAUGA